CCACAUUACCAAUGCCAUAAUACCAUAUACCAACCGAAUCCACUUUCUUUGAAAUGAAAAAGAAAUCAUAUUAUCAAGUCUACCCCGCAAGUGUUGGCCCUUCCUUCUCCCUUUUCCCUCUUUCUUUAACUGCCUCCAUCUUCUUCAAUCUCAAUUCUCACUACCUGAAACUAACAAAUUCCCCAUUUCCCCAUUUUUCUCUGAAUCUUAAUGGGUCCUGAUUCCGAUUUCAAAUCCCAUUUGGCCACUGAAAUUAGCUCCUUCUCCUCCCGUACUGUCUCUUGCUCUCACCGCCAUUUCUCCCUCCCUUUCAUCGAUUGGUAUCGCCUUUUUGGGGUCCAACAAGACGCUGGAAUCGAUUCCAUUCGGAGGCGAUAUCUCAAGCUUGCUCUGCAACUUCAUCCAGACAAAAACUCGCACCCCAAGGCCGAAAUCGCCUUCAAGCUUGUCUCUGAGGGAUAUGGUUGUUUGAGUGAUAAUGUGAAGAGAAGGGAAUUUGAUUUGGAUAGGAAGAAGAAGUUUUGCCCUGAUUGCAACACAAUCCCUUAUAGAAAUUUCACCUCUGCUAGAAACUUGAAUGUACUAGGAGGUUUUCACAACAACAACAACAUCAACAACAUUCAUGGAGAUUUGAGAGAUAUGAAAGAGAGAUUAAGAGAGGAAGCUAAUGUGAUUAAGAAUUGUUUGAGGACUAAUAACUCUGCAGCAAACAGAGAAACUUCACUAUUCAAUCCACCUGGUUUCACCAUGUUUCAUUACAAAAACCACAAAGAAACCCCAAUCUUCAAUCCUUCUGAUUAUGUUUGUCAAGGCUACCCACAUUUCCGAACCCGAAUCCACCCGAAACCGCAGAGUUUUCGGUGUUUUAGAACUGGAAAUGCAUUGAAGUAUGAACAAGGUAGAGGGAAGUAUGAGUAUCCGGUGUUUGAAAUUAGUAGAUCAGAAAGUUUUCUUUUACAGAAACAAUCUGCUUUUGUUUAUUCAAAUGUUAACAAACCACAUUGGUGAACUGACUUCCAUUCAUUCAAUGCCAUUUCUUUUCUUCUUUUCUGGGUAA